CUUCGACCUUAUGACACCAAACUUGCUGUGUGGCAGCUUUGGGUUGCCCCUUAGAUAUCUGGGAGCAAGGUCAAGGUCUUUGCUUACAAAAGAAUUUUCAGCUUCUAGUCAAUAACUUCAGUGCACUUUGACCUAUUGAUUGCUGUCACAUCAAAACUUGGUCGUUGAAAACCUUGUUUUCGUGGCAUUGCGGCGCUUCUUGUAUUAUUUAUUUAAUGUAUUAUUUUCAGGAAAUGUUUGUGUCAAGGAUCAGACAUCAGUUCAUCCUUCCCUUGCUUGCUACAUGUUUUCAAGAAAAAGAGGCCUACUGUGAAUAUUGGUUUAUAUCUCCUUUCUGUGAAAAUGGUGACUUACGUGGUGCACUUCAGUUGGAUAUUUCCAGAGAAGAACCAAAGCUAGAGGUCGAACACAGGAUCAAAAUUUUGUUCCAGAUUGAGAAAGCCUUAGAAUAUUUGCAUACACAUGUUAAACGUGUGAGAGAUGCCAUCAUACACAAAGAUGUAACAUCAUCAAAUAUUCUGCUGGAUGGAAAAUUUAAUGCACGGCUUAUUGACUUCGGUAUUGCAAGAGAGAAAAACGAUGUCACUAAUUGUCGAUCUGGUAGGGAUACAUAUAGUCAUGAUGAUGUUGGGAUAUCUGCUGCUUGUGAGGAUUGGGAUUACUUCAGCUUUGGUGUUGUGGUCCGGGAAGUAUUGACCAGUUUGCCACCAGAGGGAAUUCAACAUACUUACUUGAAAAAAAUGACUAAAGAAGAAAUUAUGAAAAACAUACAGGUAAUUAAAUGUACUAUUCUCAUAAAAACACUUUUUGAAAACAGAAAGGACCAUCCACUUAGCUCAAGGAUAGAAUUUGCAAUCCAUGAGCUUGUGGGUAGAUAAUUGGCCAAAUAGAGG